GGCCGCUGGCGUUUCCGUUGCUUGGAGCAGUCGGGGUGCAGCUGCCUAGGUCCUUCUCUACCCGCAUCCCUGCCUUUCCCUGCGCUCCGCCGCUCUGCGGGAGGUUCGGGCACUUGAGUCGCACAGUCUGGUCCUGCAUCACCUUCCCCUGACCUGACAAGUCGCCAUGGAACAGGUUCCCAAAGGCACCGUGAGUGACUUCCCUGGAUUUGAUGAGCGGGCCGAUGCAGAAACUCUUCGGAAGGCCAUGAAAGGCCUGGGCACCGAUGAAGAGAGCAUCCUGACUCUGUUGACAGCCCGAAGUAACGCUCAGCGCCAGAACAUCUCGGUGGCUUUUAAAACUCUGUUUGGCAGGGAUCUUUUGGAUGACCUUAAAUCGGAAUUAACUGGAAAAUUUGAAAAAUUAAUUGUGGCUCUGAUGAAACCCUCUCGGCUUUAUGACGCCUAUGAACUGAAGCAUGCCCUUAAGGGAGCUGGGACAAAUGAAAAAGUCCUGACAGAAAUUAUUGCUUCAAGGACACCUGAAGAGCUAAAAGCCAUAAAACAAGUUUAUGAAGAAGAAUAUGGCUCCAGCCUGGAGGAUGACGUGGUGGGUGACACUUCAGGUUUCUACCAGAGGAUGUUGGUGGUUCUCCUUCAGGCUAAUAGAGACCCUGAUGCUGGAAUUGAUGAAGCUCAAGUUGAACAAGAUGCUCAGGCGCUGUUUCGGGCUGGAGAACUUAAGUGGGGGACAGAUGAAGAAAAGUUUAUCACCAUCCUGGGAACACGAAGUGUGUCUCAUCUGAGAAGGGUGUUUGACAAAUACAUGACUAUAUCAGGAUUUCAAAUUGAGGAAACGAUUGACCGCGAGACUUCUGGCAAUUUGGAGCAACUACUUCUUGCUGUUGUGAAGUCUAUUCGAAGUAUACCUGCCUACCUUGCUGAGACCCUCUACUAUGCUAUGAAGGGAGCUGGGACAGAUGAUCAUACACUCAUCAGAGUCGUGGUGUCCAGGAGUGAGGUUGAUCUGUUUAACAUUAGAAAGGAGUUUCGGAAGAAUUUUGCCACCUCUCUUUAUUCCAUGAUUAAGGUAGUAAACUGUUUCUUUAAAUUAUGUUUAGAAAUCCAAAGUAGACCAAUACGUAGAGCAUACAAGACAUGUGUGGAAGAAUCCAAUACUGCGUUAUGUUUAAAAUUGUAG